UGGCGUGCACUCCAGGUGGUCCAUUGAACAUGCGCCAGCCUCAACUGGCCAAGAGACGAUAGGGAGAUGCUAACAAGCAUUGAAAUCUGACAAAAUCUCAAACCUCACAUCUCAUUGGUCCUUUUCUUCCCAAUCUAUGCUCUUACAGAUAGCUUUCGCUGGGACAUGAUAAAUUUGCCUUCUUUGAGACCUAGAGAGAGGGAGAAAGACAGAGAAGGGAUGGUUGAGGUUGCAGCAGCAGCAGCAGCAGCAGCUGGUGGAUCUUCCAGCCUCAGCAGACUUCCCCUUGUCCGUGGAGGAGCUGCAGGUAGUAGAAGAGACGCUGCCAUUUGGAGAUGGCCGAAGAGGAAGGAGAAGAUGGCCAACACCAAGAAGCACAGAUUGCAUCACCGGUCUCAUCCUCCACCCCUUCCAACUGCAGCCAGGAGCUCAGCCAAUGACGCCAACAUCAGUGGCUUCGAUUCCCAGCCCGGCGUCGUCACCUUCUCCUCCAACAUCUCCACCGACAUUCCCCUCCACGAAACUCCCGGGGUCUCCUUUGAUGAAUACCUCUGCGAUCGACCUCGAGUCUUCCGAGCCAUGUUUCCAGACAAACGAAGAAGCAAGAGACUGAAUGAUGUGAGCCCUUUUCGUCUCUGUUUCCGUCCUUCUGCACCAACUGUAACAACUGGCUCAUUGCAGGAAGAGUGGAGGAUACAGAUGCUGCCGAUCCACUUCCUCUUUGCAUCGGCGAACCCGGUUGUCGUCAUGCGGCUGAGACACAAAUCCACUGGGGAAGAUUACCCGCCCGGUGUCCCUGGACAUGCCACCAGUGUCCUGGAGCUUCAAGCUACCAGGUGGGAGCUCCAAGGCCUCCAGGACAUCCAGAUGCCACCACAUUUUGCUCUCAGUGUCCAGGGAGUGCUGUAUCCAGAUCGGAGCAGCAGCAGCAGGAGGCUCAAGGGUCAUCUGGAGAUGGGCAUCAGCAUGAUCCUUCCUCCGGUCCUUCAAUUAGUCCCAGAAGAUGUCCUCAGAAGUAUUGCUGAUACUCUUCUGAGUAGACUGUUAAAGAAGAUGAAGCACGAAGUGGAUGUCGGCCUGAUCUCGGACUAUGCCAAGUUCCGGAGAGAGAAACUGAAGAAACAUGGAGCUGCAGCUCAAACUCCAGCAACUUCUUCUGAGCCGAGAGGGAUCUCCUGAGCUUGAAGUCAACGAAGUCUGUACCUGUCCACAAAACAGAAGAAGAAAUCUCGUGAUCUAAUUUGUUUUCUGACGAAAAAUUCUUGUUCAACGCAUUCUUCAAUGUAUGACAUGGAAAAAUUAGUGUACAAAAGAAGCUGCAGCAAUGGAUCAACAAUUUUAAUGGUGAUCAAGACAAUGAUAUAUAUAUAUAUAUUCUGGUGCUCUUGUAAUGCUUGA